AUGGCAGGUCACUACGUUAUCGCUGGUAAAGCUAUCCCUAACCACAAGAUUGCCAUGUUCUUCAUCGGUGGUUAUGCUGCUCUUGGAGCUGCUGCCAUGUUGAAGCCCAAGGCCCCUCAAGCUGCUACUCCUCCUAUCCAAGCUAGCUCUUCUGAUGAAGAGGCUUUCAUCCGCGAAUUCCUCCAAAAGGCCGAGGCUGAAGAGAAGAAGAACUAA